AUGGCACAAAACCAAAACCACCAAAUUCAUUAUUAUGAAGAUGGAGAUAUUGAAAUUAUAAUUGAUAAUACUUUAUUUCGGAUUCACAAACCCUAUCUUCACAAUCCCCUCUCCGAUGAAUAUGCUGAAAACUUCGCCAUUCAACAAGAACAACAAAUAAAUUGUCUUCAAAUUCCUCUCCCUAAUGAAUCUGCUGACGAUUUCGCGAUUCUCUUGUCAUUUCUUUAUCCGCAUAUCUACUUUCAGAUCAGUUGGGAAAAUGUAGGAAUUCUUUUGAGACUAGCUGACAAAUACUUUAUUCCAACAGUCACGAAAUGGUGUUUCAAAUUUAUUGAAGAGAAUUUCCAACACAGACCACUUACUUCACUCGUCUUCGCCGAUGAAUAUUUGUCAGAAUCGAUUUAUCGAGAAUCAUCAAAACUGAUCAUCGACGAUUUCUUAGCUCAUGAAAUUUAUAAACUCAUGUUUGAGCACUUAUACAGCGCGAAGAAGAUAGAGUUCGACAGAAUGUUUAUUCCUCCGUUUCCGAGGCCUUCAAAAGCGAUGAUAGUGAUCUCUGAUAACUAUAAAUAUAUUUCGCAAACAAAUAUUCCGAGUCUUCAGCUGACUGGUCUUCAGCAAAUGGUUGAUGAUUUUCUGAAAGAUCCUGAGCCACUUGAAAUGAAUCGGGAUAAAGAAAGCACAGCGAAAUAUUUGUUCAUUAAUCUGGAUACAUCUUUAUGA